GCGGAUCGAUGGCAGAGUGAUCAGCUGAUCAGCGGUCAGAUCGUUCAGUCUCAGCGACGCAGUCCGGCGGCGGAGCUCUGAAGUCCGGCAGCAGCAGCAGCGGAGCGGAGGAGGAGGCGCUCCGUGCGGGACACACCGACUCUCUCUCCUCCCUCUCUCUCCUCCCGCCGAGAUAAAUUAACGGAAAGCAGCUGUCGGUGGUUUUAGAGGCGAGGCGGCCGUCUGCCAGCUGAGGAUCCGCUCUGCCGUUCCGUUCCUCUCGGAGCUUCUUCCCGGGACUCCUCCAACACGCUGCGGCUGCACCGCCCUCCUCCGUCCCGAGCAGCGAGGAGCCGCACCGCCGCACGCCGGCCACAGCGCACCGCGGGACUGACAGACAUGUUGCCGAGGUCCGCCGGUCCCCGCGGCACUACGGCGCUCUGAGAUGCAGUUUCGGGACGUUUCGGAGCUCCGCACCGUCCGCCGGCCGCCCCCAGCACCGACUCCCCCCCGUGACUCCACCGCCUCCUAACGGGACUUUUGUGUUGUUGCCGGAGAUGUUGUUCGUGUCUGGGCGGAAAGUUGCCGGUUCCCCGGCGGAGGGCCUCUAACAGGUCCGGAGCGGAGCGACGGGGCAAAGUUCAGCCGUUCGGAGAUGUGAAGGCUCGGCGGGCAGAAGGAGGGUCCCGCUGCCCCUCUCCGGCUCUUUCUCUGCUUUCUGCUCUCACACACGCGCGGCCGCUGUGCACACGUACGCGCACGCAGGCUGGAGUUACAGUAACACACACACACACACACACACACACGCACGCACGCCCCUCCAGAGGACAGCAUGUAUUCUCCGCUGUGUCUAACGCAGGAUGAAUUCCAUCCGUUCAUCGAAGCGCUGCUGCCCCAUGUUCGGGCCUUCGCCUACACCUGGUUCAACCUGCAGGCCCGUAAGAGGAAGUACUUCAAGAAGCACGAGAAGCGCAUGUCGAAGGAGGAGGAGCGCGCCGUGAAGGACGAGCUGCUCAGCGAGAAGCCUGAGGUUAAGCAGAAGUGGGCGUCACGCCUCCUGGCCAAGUUACGGAAGGACAUCCGGCCCGAGUUCAGGGAGGACUUUGUUCUUACGGUGACGGGGAAGAAGCCGCCGUGCUGCGUCCUCUCCAACCCUGACCAGAAGGGCAAGAUGAGGAGGAUCGACUGCCUGCGCCAGGCGGACAAAGUGUGGAGGCUGGACCUGGUCAUGGUGAUUUUAUUCAAAGGGAUUCCUCUCGAAAGUACUGACGGCGAGAGGCUGGUAAAGUCUCCUCAGUGUUCCAACCCCAGCCUCUGUGUGCAGCCGCAUCACAUCGGAGUUUCGGUGAAGGAGCUGGAUCUGUACCUGGCCUACUUCGUCCACACAGGUGAGUCCUGCUCGGUCCUCAGAGUGUUUGUGGAGCUGAAUGAGUCGACGCUGCUCGGCUGGGAGGAAACUAUUGGAUUGUUGUUCUGGUUUCGUGUUUUAUUGGAUUCACGGUCGCAGCUCGUUUUAACGUCUUUCUUGCUUCAUGUUGAAAUAAUUUGUCUGGAUUUCUGUGAGUCUUUGUGGUGACGUCUGUAUUUCUGU